GUCAGUGGCACUAUGCUGAUUUGAACCAACUGAGGGUUUGUCUGCCCGCUUCUGAUUCCCCCUCUUUUGCAGGCUGCGAGAACACCACCGUGCUGCAAUUAAGGUGAUACGCAGGAUGCAGUAUUUUGUGGCAAAGAAGAAGUUUCAGCAAGCUAGAAAGCCUUAUGAUGUCCGAGAUGUUAUUGAACAGUAUUCUCAGGGUCAUCUCAACCUGAUGGUGCGAAUCAAGGAGUUACAGAGGAGGUUGGAUCAAUCUAUAGGGAAGCCAUCUCUUUUUAUCUCUGUCUCAGAAAAAAGCAAAGACCGAGGCAAUAACACGGUUGGUGCCAGGUUGAACAGAGUGGAAGACAAGGUUACGCAAAUGGACCAGAAACUGAACCUCAUUACAGAUAUGCUGCAUCAUCUGGUUUCCAGUCAGCAGGGCGGCCAAGGCAACAUCAGAGCAUCUCAGAGGGGCAACAACGUUAAUUCAGAUCUUUUCCUCCCUAAUAACACUCUGCCGACCUAUGAGCAACUGACAGUGCCAAGAAGAAACCAAGAGGAUAUCUCCUGAUGUGGUAUAAGUCUGGGCUGGGUUCUUCCCACCUUUCUCAUGUAAAUGAGACUGGAUGUUGUGACUCUGGAAGGAAUUAAGUUCAUCAGCCAUCCAAGAAAACACAGGACUGUUGCAUCUGUACUACUCGUCUCAAAUACACUCUUCUAAAAGUCACUCAUAAUAAGACUAAGGAUUGCCAGGCUGUUUUCUACCAGGCUAAACUUACUGAAGUUUCACGUUGAUUUUGUUCAAGAGCAAAUGAUUGCAACUCAUUAUUUCUCGGAAAGACCAAGACAAUGUAAAGACAGGCAAAACUGCAAGGAUUUAGAGCU